AGAGCCCCGCCCCCUGUCAUUGGUGGUCUCUCCUGCGCAGCGAUUGGUAUUCUGUGCUGCGCCGUGAUUGGCGGCCUCUCUGUAUCGCGGGUCCUGAUUGGUCAAUCCAUGUGGUGGUCGCUCAGGCCGGACUCCCCUAACUGACAGGCCGGCUCCGGGGGAGCUCCUCAUCCAGCAUGGUGACCCGUGGAGAGCGGCCGGCUCCGGGGCCCGGAACACCCUCCGACACCCGGCACUGACCGCCGGGACAGGUCAUGUAGGAACGCGGGAAUGCUAUGAAGAUGGGAGUUCUGGUGUUCAUGAGGAACUUGCUGCUGGCUCUCUGCCUCUUCCUGGUACUGGGCUUUCUCUACUACUCCGCCUGGAAGCUCCACCUCCUGCGCUGGGAAGAUUCACAUUCUAUGCUACAUGCCAUUGACUCCGUUGGACACAGUUUAGGCCCAGGACGGAGAGAGAGAAAAACUGGGAUCCCGACCCUUCCCUCAGUGGCCCCAUCGCACAUUGUGGCGGACAGAACCCAGAAAGAGUCCAAGGAGCCGGGGGGCGCUCCAGAGCCAUCGCUGAUAAAAUAUGACCGCCUGGGAUUCCUGCUUAAAUUGGACACUAAACUGCAAGCCGAAAUUGCAACAAGAUACGCAAACUUCUCCGACGGCGUCUGCAAACCGGGCUACGCCUCCGCAAUGAUGGCCACCAUCUUCCCAAAGUUCUCAAGACCAGCUCCAAUGUUCCUCGAUGAUUCCUUCAGGAAGUGGGGGAAGAUCAGGGAAUUUGUGCCCCCAUUUGGAAUCAAAGGACAAGAUAACCUGAUCAAGGCAAUCCUGUCCGCUACCAAGGAAUAUCGCCUGACACCGGCACUCGACAGCUUUACCUGUCGGCGAUGUAUCAUCGUAGGGAACGGAGGGGUGCUCGCCAACAAGUCAUUAGGAUCAAAAAUCAACAAGUACGAGGUGGUUGUCAGGCUGAACUCGGCACCGGUGAAAGGCUUCGAGAAGGACGUCGGCAAUAAAACAACACUAAGAAUCACAUAUCCCGAAGGAGCCAUUCAGAAACUCGAACAAUAUGAGAAGGAUUCACUUUUCGUGCUGGCCGGGUUCAAGUGGCAAGAUUUCAAAUGGCUGAAAUACAUUGUUUACAAAGAGAAAGUGAGCGCUUCUGAUGGUUUCUGGAAGUCAGUCGCCACCCGGGUCCCUCGGGAGCCACACGAGAUCCGGAUCCUGAACCCGUACUUCAUCCAGGAGGCAGCGUUCAGCUUCAUCGGCCUACCGUUCAAUAACGGACUGAUGGGGAGAGGGAACAUUCCGACCCUGGGCAGCGUGGCGAUUACGAUGGCACUUCACAACUGUGACGAGGUGGCCGUGGCCGGGUUUGGCUAUGACAUGAAUCUCCCUAACGCCCCUCUGCAUUACUACGAAACAAUCAAGAUGGCUGCCAUUAAAGAGUCUUGGACCCACAACAUCCAGAAAGAGAAGGACUUCUUACGGAAACUGGUGAAAGCGCGUGUCAUCAACGACCUGACGAGCGGCAUCUGACGGAAGCCGGGGGGGGAACGUCCACCGAACACUAAACCAUUGCCAGCGCGGAAACUCCCCGAA